AUGCCUCUCCUCUCCAAUGUGCCGGCAUUACGACUGACACUGGCAUACGCCCUUCACGACCCAUCUUGCCUCCUCCCCCAUGCGACCAUUCCAACGCUUCUCUCGUUACCGCUCCCCGUCGGCUCUGCCCUUCCUUCAGUAGACAAAAGCGGCCAGAAGCCGAUUAUUCGGGCCUUGGUUCUGGACAAAGAUAAUACCCUCUGCCCACCUGAGACUGCCAAGCUACAUUAUUCAUAUAUCCAGAAACUCCAGAAAAUAAAAGAAAGCCCCGAGUUCUCCCACAAUCCAAAGAGCAUUCUUAUCGUAUCGAAUACUGCAGGCAGCACGCCAGCGUCCAUUCAUGAGGCUGAAGCAAAACAAUUGGAGCUUGAGCUUGGCCUUCCCGUGCUAAGGCAGGCGCCCGGUCGCAAGAAGCCCCUGUGCGGACCCGAUGUACUAGCAUAUUUCAAAGAACAUGGUGUGACUGAGGAUCCAAGAGAGAUUGCCGUCGUUGGUGAUAGGCUGGCUACCGAUGUUCUUGUGGCUCGUGAGAUGGGGAGCUGGAGCAUUUGGUGUAGAGAUGGCUGGCGCAACCCGGAAUCCCUUGGUCGCGAUUACAGAGGCUUUUUCAGUAAGAUGGAGAGCAGAUUCGAAUGGGUCAUGAGAGCUGGUCUGGGCAAGACGGCCCCUCUGCCAAAGGUUGCAUCGUCCCGGUGA